ACAGGCUCAGAGACAAUAUGCUAGGAGGGGUGGCUACAUUGUGUCUAUUGUACGUUUUUCUCUCUCCCCCCCACCCCCCCCAGCAUUUUGUACAUUACUCGGGAGGUUUAAAUUGGGAGUGAAAAGCAUGGCUGAUGAGCAAGAAAUCAUGUGCAAACUCGAGAGCAUCAAGGAGAUCAGGAAUAAGACUUUGCAGAUGGAAAAAAUAAAGGCACGACUGAAAGCAGAAUUUGAAGCCCUGGAGUCUGAGGAGAGGCACCUGAAAGAAUACAAACAGGAAAUGGACCUGCUGCUGCAAGAGAAGAUGGCCCAUGUGGAGGAGCUGCGGCUGAUCCACGCUGAUAUUAAUGUGAUGGAGAACACUAUCAAGCAGUCUGAGAAUGAUCUCAACAAGCUACUGGAAUCUACUCGUCGCCUGCACGAGGAGUACAAACCCCUGAAGGAGCAUGUAGAUGCUUUACGGAUGACUCUGGGCUUGCAGAGGCUGCCAGAUCUUUGUGAGGAGGAAGAGAAACUGUCCCUUGAUUACUUUGAAAAGCAGAAAGCGGAAUGGCAGACAGAACCACAGGAGCCUCCCAUCCCAGAGUCUCUGGCUGCAGCUGCAGCUGCUGCCCAACAGCUGCAAGUGGCUAGGAAACAAGAUACCAGACAGACAGCAACUUUUAGACAACAGCCACCUCCAAUGAAGGCAUGUUUAUCGUGUCACCAGCAAAUUCAUCGGAAUGCACCCAUAUGUCCACUCUGCAAAGCAAAGAGUCGAUCUCGGAAUCCCAAAAAGCCCAAGAGGAAACAGGAUGAAUGAAGAAGAACAGAAGAUUGAGAACCACACAUGUGACCAGUCCCAGUACCCUUCCAGUAGAACUGUAAAUGUAGCCAGACUUUAUUAAGUGCAGACGCAAGUACAACCUACCCAUUGUUUUCUAUUUAAUGUUAUGUAAGCACAAUGUUUCUGUUCUAUCUUAAAUUUCCUUCCAGUCCUUGAGAUUUGGUUUUAGGAAAAGAAAUAUUAAUGGUGCUACAGUUCAACAUUUCAAACAUUCCAUCUUUCGGAGUCCUAAAGAAAAAAGAAUUCUACUAUAAGUAUCCUAAAUGCCAGACUAUUCCUAUAGGCCAAAUGUAAUGACUAUAAAUUCUUUUAUGACCUCUUUUUUAAAACAGAUGUUACUGAAAGAUUAUUCUAAUUUUCUCCUAAUAACAGGAGACUACUUGAACUGCAGAAAACAGCAGACUGUCUGCCUGUUUCACUAAAGAACAACUUAUUUACCUGGCUAGUAAUACUACACAGGCUUGAGUAUCAAGUAGAACUGUUUUUAUAAUGGACAUGUUUAUGAAAAAAAAGAUUUAGAUAUACAGGAAAUCAGUGCAUUAAGGACACAAGUGAUUUUUGAUUUACUGGAGUUUGAUCGUACUAUUCCUUCAAAUUUGGCUUAAAAUUUGGAAGGUGUAUCAAGUUGUAGGAUGUGAAUGAAUUACUAAAAAUGUCAUAAAUUAUGAUGCGUUACCAUCUUAACGUUGUAUUAUUUUCAGCAGUCAGAAGACUAACUGACUUAAGCGUAAGGCUCAAAUGAACUGCAUUAGUGGUCUUCCUAGGAUCUAUGGCCAACAAGCUCACUAUGGUUCUCCAGGGAUCACACAUCAAAUAACCCAUACCUCUUUG